UGCAACUUUGAAAAUCAGAGUUUAUUUUCGGAACACCUGCAUGCGCACACUUUUGGCUUUGACAGGAAGCCCGCUCUUCUGUCACCGGUUGUCUCACUUUUCCGUCGUAGCAUCGUUGGCAAAGAUCGUCCUAUGACGUGUCCAAGUGCCCUGAACGGGUUUUCAUAAAACUCUCAGGGAGUCUUUGUCACUCCUGUUCUUUUGCCAUGACCUUUUUUCCCUUGAACAAAGAGGAGGAACUCGCUGUUUUCACAGGCUCUUCUCGAACGAGCAGAAUCGCUUGGACCUUCGCCGCCAAUCUGUCUGCGUUUUCUAGAGCGCAUAAUUUCAUCCCGCAUGUUUUUGCCUCCUUUCUCCAUCUUUCUCCAGUCCCUCCUGUGUGAAUCUUCGCCAAUUCCACGUUUACUCGCCUCUUUUAAGACGGUUCCAUCCCCCCCAAAACACCUUUCCUUCUUCGCUCUGCUUUGGCCAGUCUCGUGUUGCGUAUUUGCCUUCUUGCGUCUCUCCACAACCGAACCUCUCACUCCUGAAUCCCAGCGAAGAACGUCUGUGGUUUUCGUUUGUCUUCAACGGGAAGGGAGAAUGGGGCCCCAGGGUUGCUCGUCCUUCCUCCUCCGUUCGUCGUCUUGCUUUCCUUUGCGUUUUGUCUCCAAGCAUCGGGCGCUCUGUCAACGGCCGCGGACGACACGCAGAAGACUGACGCAUAUUGUGUCUGUCGAGGAGACACGUCCAGAGGCGGUCGAUACACCGGAAGAAUGGAGACGUACUCUUUUCUUCAUAAACAGAAGAGGGAGGGAGGCGGCGACGACACGAGUGGAGCAGAGACAGGGGACUUCGGGACAAGAACGAGGAAAAGAGGUCGAUGAAACCUCUGCUCGAGCUUUGUUUCGGUCCGCCUGGGCUGUCAAGAAAGCCGCUCUGCGUCCUGUGCCUUCUGUUUCCGUUUCCUCUUCGUCAUGCUUCCUCUCUUCUUCUCGUUCUCUGCCUCUCGUCGCCCAGUCUCUCUCUCUCUCAGGCUGCCAGAAUCAGCUCCGGUUUCUGUCUGUACCCUGCGCCGCUUUCCGGCUCUCCUGUCACUCCUCCUCUCGCUAUCUUCACUCUUUUGUCUCCUCUUCUUCGACCUCGCCCUCUCACCGCCAGCCCACCUCGUCGUCACCUCGAACUUCUCCCUCCCGUGCUUCUUCUCCUUCUCCCUCCCCCGAUUCUUCUCCUUCUCUCUCUCCAUCUUCUGCUCUCUCGCCUUCUGCUCCGACGUCUUGUCGCUUUGCGUUUCCGUUCCACGGCAAGCAGGUGAAUGUGUGUGUGACGUGCGUUGACGAGGACAAAGUGGUCGGGCCUCAGUCAGCCUCGAGUUUGGUCAAGGACUUCUCUGGCUUCGAACCUGACGUUGUGUUGCUUCCUCUGGGGUAUCUCGACUACAGCAAGAUUCUCCAGAAGCACAGCAAGGAGGCACUGCUGAAGCAGGGGAAGAUGGACGACGUCGACGAGGCACUGGUUGCGAGUGUUUCCUGCGGGGCGUAUGUCCCGCUCAUCCAGCGCAUGCUGCUUCUCGAGACUCCCCACUUCUGCGUAGGGCGCUCCAAGCUGUCGGACAUCAGUGCGCUGGCGGAAAGGCUCUUCUGGCUGCCGGUGGAACUCUACAAGCUCCUAGGCAGCGUCCUGCUCGGCAAAACGGUGAUGAUCAAGGUCCAGCGAAGCCGCCCAACCGGUGUCCCGAAGGAUGCUGAACACGCGCGCGAAGAACGCGAAAAGGAACUCGCCCCCACCUUCUACAAAACCUUCUACGAAGACAGUCCAAGAUUCAUGGCACUAAAGACCCACCACUACCUCCACAUGUGGACCAGGUCUCCCUUCGCCAGACCCGAACCGAAGCAGGAGUGGAAGGACCGAGAUUGGUGGACUUUUAUUCUCUUUGGUCGAUCCCGCGCUGAGAAGAAGCUGCGCACAGAUGCGAAGGAGUUGGAGCAGAAGCUGCUUGCGGAGUUUCCUGCCUCUCUGUCUAACAAAGCGACUUGGAACAUUCUCGUGGUUUCGACGGACUCCGCAUACAGCCAGGUGGUCAAGUAUUUUAAGCAAAUUCCGCAGUGGAAAAACCAGACGCCUUUCUUCGCCGACAUGCAUGAGUUAGAGGAUACGUACACCGCAGCGUACUACUCGGUGAUCGUCGUCUACAUCUUCGGACCCGCCCUUCUGCUCCUUGAACAGGCUUACAAGGGCACCCGGAAACUCUACAGAUACGUCAAGGACCGUAAGAGCGAAAAAGUGGUUUUCUUCACGCAGCCAAGCUUCAAAUGUAAACACGCAGGGACAUCUGCUCGCUCGACUCUGCUCUCGAUCUCGACAAACAAGCAGCCUGUGCGGAGAAACAGGAGUUACAGAGAGCAGAAUUUCUGUUGGCGGAGAUGAAUUUUUGGAUUUCGUGGAAGAAGAGACCGAAGGAGCGACGAAACUGACCGCGAAAGGAAGUGUCCUCGGAUCCGCUGGCACGUUCUCUUCCCGUGAGUAGUCGUGUGUUCUAAAGUUUCAGUGCGACGGGUGGAAGAAGCCGGAGAGUUGCUGAACCUCACCGACUUUGUCCAAGUUCCUCGAGCGAGGACCAAACGAAAAAGCUCUACUGAAGGCGAGCUCUCCCCACGCACUUUCUUCUGCUCACUUUUCCUUCAUUUCGAAACAAACUCCGCCUCUUCCAGUUCCCGUGGACGCUUCUGUGCAUGCGCACAAACCCCGUUUUUGCUUGGUAACCUGCCUCGCUGUCCUCGCUGUCUGUGCUUUCCUGUCACCUCUGCUUCUCAACUCAGUCUCUCUCGUUUCCGAUCUGUGCACUCCGUGCGUCUGUUCACUGGGGAAAUCUGUCUGCGUACUACUCACAUCAGAAGCGAAUGCGAAACGUGGACUGGACGCGACGCGCCCUGCUUCGGGGUUCACCACGUACCCAAGCGCCGACAACUUGACUGACACGCCCCGUACCAAAUCCAUUAGCGCAAACACAAGGAGAUACUUCAAAGUGUAUUCCGUACAAAGCGUGCCAGUUUUCAGCGAAGUGUCGUGGGUUGUUUCCAUUUCGGACCCAGUAGCCACGAUUCUUUGUUGGAAAGUAUCGUAAGC